AUGAUGGAUUUAUCAGAGGAUUUGUUUGAGGGUAUUGUAAUGUGCGAGGAGAGGUAAAUAGCUGCCCAUGGUCUGUUUUAUUUGAUAUUUUAUGGGUUAUUGCUGUGUAUAAUGGGCCUCUUGGUGUGAAGUACCAGGGUGACUGACUGGAGCUGUGUUUGCUUGGCACUAUUAUUGAUAUAUUGCUGCCUGAUUGAUAUAUUUUAUGACCUUCUUAUAAUAUAACCAACACUUCUAUGCAAAUUGUAAUUUUUAAAGGUGACAUCCCUGCUUGGUAGGUGGCCAUGGGGUCCACUGGAAGGUAGAUGUACUUUCCCGUUGUUCCCAACUGAUACCAUGUCAGUUAGUCCAUCCAUUGUACAGCGCUACGGAAUCUGAUGGCGCUAGAUAAAUCAUAAAAUAAUCAUUCCACCAUUUUCUUUCCUCUGCUCGUGGCGCUUGUACGACCAGGGGUUGCCACGUUAGCAGUAUACUCUCACACAUGCACAGGCGUACAGCACUGUUGCCUAUGGAGAGACAUCCAGAGACCAGCUCUGCUAGAAGGAGGACGCGUCUUCUUUUGACACGUUUUCUUAACGCCAGGCUUAACUCCAUUUAUUUUUUGACUACGCAAUCUUAAUUACAUUCCCACACAUUCACUGUGUGUAUUUCAUAAAGAUACAUCUUUUUGAAAUACUCCAAAAGUGUGGUCUGCUCAAGCAGCCACUUAAAGGUUAAAUGCAAUGGACCACUAUUUAUUUUGAUUUUUUUUUUAAGAAUAUUAAGUUAUUUUAAAAUAUCUUAUUUUAUUUUUUAACAUUAGUUCAGUUUAUAUUGUUUUUUGGUUUUUUUUCCCCAAUGAAGUGGUAAAGGUGUAGCUAAUAUGAAUGUAGACAGAUUAAUAAAAACUGGAUCUAAUAGCAUCUCAUGGUAGGUAAUGUCUCAUAGACUUUAAUAUCAUUCCUAUAGUGACCUGUUCAGGGUUGGAGCAUCAGAUCAAGGUUAACGUACACUGAGUUGUCAGUGGGCAUCAAGUCUUGUCCACUGGCCCAAGAUGUCUGCAUCGGAGAUGCAGGUAGGUAAGUGUGACCCUGCCGAGGCCAUAGAAACGUGCAUACCUAAACCAUCUCAUGCUGCACUGUCGUAUUAGUUAACUAUUGAUUUUUGGUGAAACAUGCAACAGUAUUAGAGGGAUAAUAUAGGCACCCAGACCACUUCAGUUAAUUGCAGCUCUCCGCAGUGUUACACAUUUAUCUGUGCCUUGGUGAAAUCUGUGUGUAUGUUCCUUCUUUACCAUAGGUUCCAUGGCAAGGGAUACGAGGAAGGUUUUGCUGAAGGAAACUCUGUUGGGGAGUCUGAAGGCAAGCAGUAUGGUGCAAACUACGGUGCAAGGGCAGGAUCAGAGGUAAAAUGAAUCAUUUUAACUCCCUUUGGAAUAGCAGGAGAUUGCGGUAGGAUUGGAAACAAUGGGAUUCAUAACAGGUUUAACAAACCACUAAUGUGUAAGAGAGUGAAAUACCCCCCCAGAAUUUUAGUUUAAUUUGUCAGUCAUAUGAUGUUGUAGAGCUUAGUCAUUGACAUAUAGUGAGCAUUACAUCAACAUUCUAAUCCUUUGAAGAAACAUUCCAAGGAAUAGCAUCCGGAGACUAGAGGCAACGUAAGCAUUACACAGAACUGUGGCAGUUGUGUUUCCUUUAAAAGAAAACUGUCAUCAAAUGUUUAAUUUUUAUUUAUUUUUUUAAACAUAAUGAGUGAUCUAUACUAAAAAAAAAUUUGUUGUUGGGUCAAACUCAACCAUUAUCUGACCAGCUGCUGUAAUUUUUGUGUAUGAAGCUGCAGGUAAGUUAAGUUUAGCAGCAGUUUGUCAGAUAUCAGUAUUCAAAGUAGCUAAAAGGUUGAUCCCUGUAGCAAUACACUGCACAUACAGACUCCAAGCACCAUAACCACUUCAAAUCACAGAAGAUGUCAUGUUGAUUGGAGUUACCCUUUGUCACGGUCACUACAAACUUACCUUUCUCUUACUUUUUACCUUUCUCUUUCAGAAUCUGUUUUUGUUAGGGAAUAAUUUGCAUUAGGUAUUUUUCCCAAGCUUGACAAAGGAAACGGAGCUUGCCUUUUGGCUCCAUUUUUUUGUCAAGAUUGCCAAGCAUUCCAAUAUACACAAGAAAAAAUAGUCCCUACUUUGUAUUAUGUUUUUAAAAAGAAUAGAUCUGAAAAAAAGAGGAAACAUUGAGAGAAAUGUAAGUUUGAGGUAACUGAGCCGCUUUACGUUUUGUUAAAUUUAAUAAACUUUUUAAAAACAAGAAGUAAAAAUUUAAUGACACUUGCCCUUUAAAGGAACACUUGAAGCACCAUAACCAUUACAGAACCAUUCUAAUGUAAGUAGUCAAACAGUAUUAAAAUUGUUUGAUUUCCUGACUGGUAUUUGCUGAAAGCAACAAAGAGCAAAUAUUUGCCUUGACACAGCAGGUGAGGUUACACUCUAAUGGCCAUUUGAGUGAUACUGAAAUCCUGUGUUCAUUGUGCGUAAGAUAUAUAGGAAGUAAGAUAGUGCGCAUGUAACGUUUUGGGCAGGAUGGGGAGGUUGUUGUAUGUACUUCAGCCAUUGCUAGCACCCAAAAGUAGUGGGAGUUUAAUCGCAGGUCUGAAGUUUGUGUUCAAAUAUCUCGUAGUUGGAUAAAGGCUAAAUUACUUCCAAUUGUUGAAGGUUUUUAAUUUUUUAUUGGAUUUUGGAUUUCUUCCAUAUUGCUUAGGAAAGCUGUUCAAUUGUCAUGCCUGCGUCUCUGUGAUCAAACCAAAGCCUACUCUGCAAUGUCAUUGUGUACAGUACUAGUCACUUGCUGACCCAUUAUUCUCUGUAAAAACGCAAUACAGAAGCAGAUCAAGCUUGUAGUAUUGAACAAAGAUAAAAAGCACAAGAGUACAUUACAGACUAUUUGCAUCCAAUGCCAGCAUUUACUGUUAAUGUUACUUUGCAUACGCUCUCACUCAGCCAAUUAUGUGCUAUCCAAACUUGGACUAAAUGAAUAUUUUUAAUGCCAGUCAAAUUAGCAGUGUGGUCUGUGACCAUGACCACACAAACAUCGCUUGACCUUGAAUAGGGUGGAUGUCAUCACUGGCGUUAUCACACCAUAAAUAUUCUUUUGUAGUGAUCAUGGUGCUUAAUAUGUGUGUGUGUGUGUAUCAAUGCAUGCAUACACAAAUGUAGAAAUUCUUUGCACUCUUGCUCACAAGUAUUCUUCGUAAUAAUGCCGUCGCUAGACUGUAGCCACAAAUAUGUAAAAAUCAAAUAGGGAUAGUUUGCACUCACAGACUUCUGUAAAAUGUAGCAUUUAUUUCCUCAUAGCAAUACAAUUCGCACUAGCUAAAGUGCAGAAGAUGCUCAGAAUAGUCGACGUUUCAUACACACUACAAGGGGCUUUGCACUUGUCGUCUCCCAAUUUCUCGAUAUGCCAUAGUGCAUUCUCCAUCCAAAGAAAGCACUUGUGCAGGACUUCUUAUGUUAUUCCAAAGCUACCUUACAUACGAUGACAGCAGCACCAUAUAUUUUACAUUUCAGUCCUACAGUUGGACUUUUUUCAAGCCCUGUAAUGCGUGUGUGUUUUUUUUUUUUCGUCUCUCCUAACUGAUCCUGGGAUUAUUUGCCUUCUAAAUGUUCUGAUCUCUCUCUUAUUGCCUUUUGUACAUAGCUCGGUUGUUACUUGGGUUUUGCAUCUACGUGGAGACAUCUUCUUUUAUGUGACGUGGAUUCCAGACACAGGUAGGUUUCUCUGUAUUUUCUACCAGUGCACUGCGCAGGCACCCUAGCGAAAUACUCUUCUGAUGAGUCUGUGGCAGUUUAAUACUAUUUUUAGAGACAUAUCUGGGGAUCAUCCUUUUACCAUAGUCCCUCUUCAGAAGAAAACAAAACACCAUCACUGUUUAGCAAUCCAGGUGAUUCUCUUUUAACACAUUAAUGUCCAUUGAUUGCUACAAUUUGUAUCUUCCUUAGGAACCCUGUUAUAAACAAAUAUUACUUUUGGAAUACAGUACUAAUUGGUUAGAAUGCAUGACCCUUAAACGUUCUUUCAAUUUAUAUCGGGAUGCAAUGGGGGUUGUCUUUUAAGAAAAAGUAUAAUUUUUAUAUAUAUAUAUAUAUAUAUAUAUAUAUAUAUAUAUAUACUUUUUUUUUUUUUCCCCUCCUCAAGUAAGAAAAUAAAGACACUGGAUUCGUUAAUAAGCAUGAUCCAAAAUUUCUCUUAUGAUGACCCUACUAAUGACAAACUGCAGGAAGAGAUUGCUAGGAUCCGGGGGAAAGUGAAACAGGUGAGAGUUUGGUAUGAAUAUAGUGUUUUAAAGUGUGUGGUAUGUAAGGAUAGAAAAACACAUGGAAUUGAAUUGAGGUUUGUUUUCUCCCUAAUCCUCUUCCUUUUAAAUCAUUAUGUUGUUCUAUGUCCUUUUUUGUUUUUGUUGAGAAUUCCCAUUACAUUUGUCAAAAAAAGUAAUUUUUUUUUUCUUAUAAGCAAUAUUUGUUAUUUAUUUUGGGGUACUAAGCUAGUCUUUUAAACAUUUCAGUAAAUAAGGCUGUGAAAAUAUUGGUACAGAAAUAACAUGUAAUAGAUGUAGACUUUCAUUAAACGCCCUUUGUUUCUAUGAGGUCUAAAUUCCAAUUUGUAUCCAGUCUGAUAUAAACCACAAAUAAAGGCCUUUGUCUAAGCCCAAUGGAAAGUUAAAAACCCAUACAAUUUUUCUGAGAGGUUGUUCCUUAUAAUUAUGAAUACCUCACCAUUUCUAACAUCGUGGUAACAAACAACAAUGCCUCCCAAAAAAUUAUAAUUUCAGUUACACAAACUAGUCCUCGUGACACCUCUUCUCGUGUGCAGGAGUCAUCGGUGACUUGUGUGACACCUUUAUUCGUUGACUUAAUCCUAAAAUACUAAUGCAAUCCCUCUAAGGCAAAGCAAUUGUAGAUCUACCAUGCUGAUAUUUUUCUGUAUUGACUAAGCAUUGUCCGUGUGUGUCUCUCUGUGCAGGUUUGCUCCAUGUUAUCCGUACAACCUGAUUUUAAAAUGACUAAAGACGGGGCAGGACUUUCAUUCUAA